UGCGCGGUGCGAAGCAAAUGCUCGAGCUCCAACAACAUAUCGGCGUUACGACAAUUUCAAAGUAGCUUACAGCGGGUACCUCGGCGUCAACGAGCGUAUUUACUGCCGCAAAAGGGUUUUUUUGUUGACGCGUCGCAGCUUGGAAGAAACAUUAAACGUCUCCGAGGCCGCGGCUUUAGUUGAAGCGGAAAAGAGAAGUGAAAGCUUGAGCUUGGACUAGUUUUUAAGUCGCUUCAAACUGCUGUCACCGUCCACGGACUCGCUUCCUGCCGCCGGGAGGACGAUGCACAUUUAGCCGACGAUAAGUUUCAUCAGCGAGGUACAAUGUGAGAAAUUACCCCCGAAGUCUCCUCGAACCAGGGGGCAGGGGCGGCGUGGGACGGCGGGUAAAGCAGCCCGCGGCGCCCGUGUGCUUGUCUUCUACAUGAGCCUGUCGGCAGGAUGUCGCUGAGUUCGGGCGGUUGGACCUCGAGCCCGGGCUUCACGCCGGACCAGCCCGCCGCCCUCCCCGCUCACUACGGGGCCUCGCCGCCGCAACUCGCCUGCCCGACCGUGCUCAUGUCGGCGCGGGUGUCGGUGUGUCACUCGGGGAUUCGGCCGCUGUGUCUUCCGGGAGCGGGCGACGAGUCGCUCCGCCUGCAGCUCAGCAUGGACCCGGGGAAAUCCGGGGAAUUCCGGCUGUCGCUGCAGGACGGCGGCGGCGGGACCGGCCGGAGUGCGACCAUUGCUGAGUUUGAUUUGAGGGCGGUCAACUAUGAAGUGAAGUCCCCGAAGUGUCACGAGCUGAGCUUGGUGGCUCCUCCAUGUGACCGCAUCAGCUUCAACUUCCGCUCCGACAAAGAGGCCCAGGAGUGGGCUACCGUGGUGAUGUCGUCAUUGAGAGAAGCGCACAGAGCACCUCCUCAGCAGCAGGGCAGCUCCCUGGAUGGCCUCCAUUGUCAGAACACUUCGGCCUUGCAACAAACAGAGGACACCUGCAUUGAGUUGAGCCGUGCCAUAGAAGCGGGCGACUCGCAGUCGGCUUCGGUCUUCGCUGCCACACUCGCUAGACAACGAGCUGCUCUUAAGAUUCAGCCCUCUGCCCAAGGCUAUGAAGACACUGAAAUCAAUUUGACUGUUAUAGUUGAAGAUUCUACUACAUCUUGUUGUGUCACUCUGAAAGUUUUUCAGCAUAUGACUACCGCCGCACUGAAACAGCAGAUGUUCCUAGAAUAUGGUUUUCACCCACGGGUGCAGCGGUGGGUGAUUGGCCAAUGCCUGUGCACAGACCAGCGCACUCUCGCCUCAUACGGCGUUCGGCAGGACGGCGACCCAGCCUUCCUGUACCUCCUGUCGGCGCGUCACGCCCGCUUAACGCGCCAGGCUCUCCAGCAGGACCAGGAGAGCGCCCUUCUUCUCAGUCCCACAUCACUGUCGCUGCACACCCCUCAACUCCCUACUACCUCUGCAAACAGCGCCACAUCUCAGGACUGGAGACCGUAUACCACUCUGCCUCCUAGACUCCACACCAGCAAGAACACUGUUUCAGGUGUUCCAGAGCGAGGAAACAUCUUUGAGAUCAAAGAUCUCACCAACCUAGACAUGCCACAACUGAACAAAGCACUGACCGUUAGUAAAGCCUCCUCCCAGGGUUGGUCAUGCCCUUCUUGCACUUACAUUAACAAACCAACUCGGCCUGGCUGUGAAAUCUGCAGCACAAAUCGCCCUGACAACUAUGUCAUCCCCGAUGGAUACCGACCCGAUGCACUGGAGCUCAGACGGAUACAAAAGGAGAAGGAAGCUAUCAGACAAUACCAGCAGGCAAAGGAAGAGGAGCGCAUGGAGAAUUUUGCCCGGCUGGUGAUGAUGGAUGGCCAAGACCUGGUGCCUAACCCAGAGCCUGUGGAGUGCAGGAUAUGCUACAUUGACCUGCAGCCUGGAGAGGGAGUUCUGCUAAGGGAGUGUCUCCACUGUUUCUGCCGAGAGUGCUUGCGCUCAGUCAUCAUGCUGACUGAGGAGCCUGAGGUGUCCUGUCCUUACAGAGAUGACACAUAUUCCUGUACCUGCUUCCUGCAGGAACGUGAGAUCAAAGCUUUGGUGCCAGCAGAGGAAUAUGAGCGUUGGCUGCAGAGAGGCCUGUCAGUGGCAGAGUCUCGGUGUGAGGGCAGCUAUCACUGUGCCACUCCAGACUGUACAGGCUGGUGUGUGUACGAGGACACAGUCAAUGUCUUCCAUUGUCCUGUCUGUGGGAAACACAACUGCCUCAUUUGCAAGUCUAUUCACGAGGGAAUGAACUGUAAGCAAUACCAGGAUGAUCUAGCAGCUCGUGCUAUAAAUGAUUCUGCCGCACGGAGGACAACACAUCUACUAAAGACUCUGGUGCAGUCGGGAGAGGCCAUGCACUGUCCCCAGUGCAGCAUCAUUGUGCAGAAGAGGGAUGGAUGCGAUUGGCUACGUUGCACUGUCUGUCACACUGAGAUCUGUUGGGUAACUAGAGGGCCUCGCUGGGGCCCAGGGGGGCCUGGAGACACCAGUGGAGGAUGUCGCUGCAACGUCAACAACCAGAAAUGCCAUCCUAAGUGUCAGAACUGCCACUGAGCAUCUCCAGGGUGGAGAAAGGAAAUUGAAGCUCAAACCUGAAAUGAGCUUUUCUCUGAAAUAGAGAAAAGAGAAGGUGUUUAAACAGGUUUAUUUAGGUCAAAAAUCACUGUGCUUCUUGUUACAACUGGAACUAUUCUUAGCAAUAUUCUAAGCAGUACUAACUGCCGAAGUACUCUGUCCUUGGCUUUAGUAUAAAAGACAGGAAUUAUGUGUACACACUCACCUUAAUCCUCUUACAGGCAGGGAAAUACAGUGGACACGGCAUGGUAUUAAUUAAUUUAGUGUUCAGCAUAAAUUCACUCCAUAAAUGUGACUGAAAGAGUUUUUUUGUGCUGUGCCUUUUUAAAGUGCACUGCGGAUGUAGCAAUAUACACGUUGUUUCCCGUCUUGGUAGCGGUAUACUAAGAUGCUAGCAGUAAAUUGAAGUGGCCUUAUUCUUGUGCACAAAAGCUGUAACAGUGUCUUUAUGAUGACAUUUUCUGGGAAAAGCUAUGAGAUUGUAGUUCUUGAUAUGCAAUUUUCUGCAUAUACUGAAAACGUAGAUGGAGUUUAUUUUUGUGUGUGGGUGAUAUGUUACCAAAGACGUUUUGAAGGUUGUCGUUUUUUUUUUUUUGUUUGUUGUUCAUUUUCUGUAGUUCACAAGCAAUGCAGUCCAGUAAACAUUACAUGGGUGACAAUGUCAGUAUUGAAGGAUGACAUAAAAAGUGGAUUGAUAAACGACAGGUGGCAUGAAGAUAUUCUCAGCCGUUUAAAAGACCUUAACACUGUAUUUGUAAUUGAAAUCUGUAAACUAAAAUCUGUAAAGCAGCAUAGCACAUUAUUACCAGAGUAAAGUACAAAUACCUGAAAUUUCUCAAGAAAGUAACUUGAUUUAAAUGUUGUAAGCUUCGACAGCUCAUAUUUUUUGCAACAAAUGAUUCAGACAUUUUUUCAAGUUUUUUUUUUUGUUUGUUUUUUAACAAGUCUUACUACUUUAAAAACUGAUCAGUUUGUUGUCUUAGAAGCCAUGACUGCAGAUUUUUCACAUUUACCCUGCAUUGAUUGGCAGUAAGCCUCUUAUUGAUGCUGGGGGCAGCAGGUAUCGUGGCCUUUAUAUGGGAGUCUGUGCUGCUAGCUGAUGUGUCGGCCGCUCUGGUGUAUUUCAUGAACAUGUGGUUUUUCUUUUACUUGUCGUUCUUGUUUGUUUGUUUGCAUUUGUUUAAUCAAACACGUUAAACUUUCAGUUCAGCACCUCGAGUUUGCAUUUUUCACCGUACUAAUUCCUUGCACUAAUUAAACAGGUUUCAAAAAGUUAUUAUUGCAACACUUCGAUAUGUUUUGUAAGAAGAGACUAAUGUGUCUAAUUAAGGCACUUGAUGUAGUUUACUGGGUGAUAUUAGCAUGAACCUUUGACUGUACUUAACAUCAUAUGAAAGCUUUGUACCUGUGCUGAAAAUCUGAUUAUUAUUUAACUCAUAUUUGUAUAAAUGUAUUAAUUAAGAUAAGUGUGAGUUUCCACAGCAUCUUCUGUUGAGUUGAUGAAAAUAGAGAAUAUCCUCACCCUCACUACUGCCCUCACUGACCAGCCAUAAAUAGAUCUUCAGUGUUUCUUGUGUUCACGUAUAAGAAGUCUUGCAAAAAACCACUGUGCCUUUAUUACCAAUAAAUGACAUUCACACUGA